AUUAUGUUGAUUUUUUUCUAGCAGACAAGACAUUUUUUCAGACCAGGAAGUCGUGCGAAAAGUUAACCACGAAACUGCCGCUAGUUACAUCAGCAAAUCGUAAUGACAGAAACAUUAGCAGACACGAUGGAAGCUUUGGACCUUACAAAGAAACCAACAGUUGAUGGAGAGGAAGACUUUGUGGACCCCUGGAAUGUCGUUGGGAGUUCAGUUAAAGGCAUUGAUUACGAAAAGUUGAUAAAGAGAUUUGGAUGUACCAGAAUAGAUUCAGCUUUAAUAGAGCGCUUUGAAAAGGUUACCGGCAAGCCAGCCCACCACCUGCUGAAAAGAGGAGUUUUUUUCUCUCAUCGUGAUUUACACACUAUACUUACCCUUCAUGAGCAAGGGAAGCCGUUUUACCUCUAUACUGGAAGAGGACCGUCUUCUUCUUCAAUUCAUAUGGGUCAUUUGAUCCCAUUUGUGUUCACAAAGUACCUACAAGAAGUGUUUAAUGUUCCUUUGGUGAUUCAGUUGACAGACGAUGAAAAAUACCUCUGGAAAGAUCUUACAUUGGAGGAGACUCAAAAGCUUGCAGUAGAGAAUGCUAAAGACAUUAUAGCACUGGGUUUUGAUGUAGAAAAAACCUUUAUAUUUUCCGACUUUACGUUCAUCGGACAGUGCCCGGAGUUCUAUCAAAACAUGAUUAGAAUCCAAAAACGUGUCACUGUUAAUCAGAUUAAAGGUAACUUUGGAUUUGGGGAUAGCGACUGUAUCGGGAAAAUAAGCUUCCCAGCGACCCAGGCUGCUCCUGCAUUUUCGAACUCUUUUCCGUUUAUUUUCGGCAAUCGCAAGGAUAUCCCCUGUUUAAUUCCCUGCGCUAUUGACCAAGAUACCUAUUUCAGGAUGACAAGGGAUGUCGCGCCGCGUCUGGGUUGCCCCAAACCGGCUUUAAUCCAUAGCACUUUUUUCCCUGCGUUACAAGGCGCUCAGACUAAAAUGUCCGCGAGUGAUGCAAAUUCGUCUAUUUUUUUAACUGAUACACCUAAAGCAUUGAAAACUAAGGUGAAUAAGUACGCCUUUUCGGGUGGCCAGACUUCGGUUGAGGAGCAUCGACGACUUGGUGGAAAUUGUGAAGUUGAUAUUUCCUACAAAUACUUGACCUUCUUUUUGGAAGAUGAUGCUCGGCUUGAGAAAAUUCGUGAAGAUUAUACCAGCGGGGCAAUGUUGACUGGCGAAAUUAAAGCUGAACUAAUUGCUGUGCUUACACCGAUCGUUACCAGUCAUCAAGAAAGUAGGAAAAAGAUAACUGAUGAAAUUGUAAAACAAUUUAUGACUCCGCGUCCAAUGAAGUGUGGUCUUUAAGUUGUCGUUUUGGGUUGAAAGGGCAUCAAUUGCAACUAUAUGGUUAACUUAUCCAACAUGUAUCCAUAUAAUUUGAAUGAAUACAUAUCCUGGUGGAAUGUA